AUGGCAAGCACCGGCGACGAGGACAACGAUGCGGUGCUCAGUGACGUGGAGGGCGACGAUCCCGUGCCGAUCGUGAUCAAGACUCCGUCGUCGGACGAAAUUUCCCCCGAGCGGUUUCGCGAGCUGAUCGCCGAGCUGGAUCGCGAGCGGCAAGCUCGGGAGGCGGUGGAGAAUUCGAAGUCGGAUUUGCAGGCUCAGUUCAAUCGGCUGAAGGCUCUGGCGCACGAGGCUAUAAAGAAGCGGGACGAGUGGGGGAGGCAGAGGGACGAGGCGUUGCGUGAAAAGGAAGAAGCUUGUAAAACCAACGAGAAGGUCACGGCGGAGCUGGCGGAGUCGAAUAGGGCCAGAGAGGAGGCGUUGCAGCAGAGGGAGGAGAUUGGGAAACAGUUGGAGGAGGCGGUGAAGGAGAGGGACGGUUUGAGGGCUGAGAUUGGGAAUUCGACUCAUAUGCUCAUGUCUGGAAUGGACAAGAUAUCGGGGAAAGUUAGCAAUUUCAAGAAUUUUGGAGGCGGGGGAUUGCCAAGGUCGCGCAAGUACACGGGAUUGCCCGUGGUUGCCUAUGGAGUGAUUAAGCGGGCGAAUGAGAUCGUGGAAGAGCUUGUGAGGCAGAUUGAUACUACGGUGAAGUCUAGGAACGAAACGAGAGAGCAGAUGGAUCAGAGAAAUUAUGAAAUUGCAAUUGAAAUUUCUCAGCUGGAAGCCACGAUUGGCAGUUUGAGAGAAGAAGUAGCGAAGAAGACAUCUGCAGUUGAGAAUUUGGAGAAGAGCAUUGCAGAAAAGAGUGGGAAAGUGUCGGAUAUUGAGAGGGAGAUGGAGGAUAAGUUGAGUAAGGCUGAGAGUGAGGUUUCACAGUUGAAGCAGUUAGUUGGAGAGUAUGAUGAUAAGUUGACGGAUUUGGACUCGAAAACAGAAGCACAGAGGGGUUUACUUUUUGAUCAGUUGAAUUUGGUUUCGAAGAUUCAUGACCGGCUAUAUAAUAUUAUCAAAAUCGUUGAUGCCAAUAAUUUGGAUCAGUCAGAGUUUUCAGAGUCCCUGUUCGUCCCUCAAGAAACGGACAUGGAGGAGAACAUACGUGCAACUCUGGCUGGGAUGGAAUCCAUUUAUGAAUUAACCAGGGUUGUUGUUGAGAAGACAAGGGAUUUGUCUGAGGAAAAGAAUCGUGAGAUUAAGAGUUUGGAUGAAACAGUGAAUCGGUUAGUUAACGAGAAAGAACAAAUUGGAUCGUUACUGAGGAGCGCAUUGUCAAAGCGGAUCACAUCCAGUCCAUCUUCUAAGACAAAUGAAUUGUUUCAAGUUGCAGAAAAUGGUUUAAGAGAGGCAGGAAUAGAUUUCAAGUUUAGUAAGCAUGCUGGGAAUGGAAAUGUGGAUAUUGAGUCGGAGGAAGAUGAAAUAUACGAAUUAGCUGGGGCUUUGGAGAACAUUGUUAAGGCAGCUCAGCUUGAAAUCAUUGACCUGCAGCAUUCUGCGGAAGAAUUAAGGGCAGAGUUGAGUUUACUCAAACAGCAUGUGGAGGCUCAAGCUAAGGAGCUCGACCACAGAAUGCAUAGAAUUGGGGAACUUGAAGAGAAGGAGAGGGUAGCAAAUGAAAGCGUUGAAGGGCUAAUGAUGGACAUUGCUGCUGCUGAAGAAGAAAUUGCAAGAUGGAAAGCGGCAGCAGAGCAAGAAGCUGCUGCAGGCACAGGUGUAGAACAAGAAUUUGUGGCACAGUUGUCGACGCUUAAGCAGGAACUUGAAGAGGCAAAGCAGGCUAUUGCGGAAUCAGAGAAGAAACUCAAGUUCAAAGAAGAGACAGCUGAUGCUGCCAUGGCAGCUAGAGAUGCUGCUGAGAAAUCAUUGAAAUUGGCUGACUUGAGGGCAACCAGGCUCCGGGAUAGAUUAGAGGAGCUUACACGUCAGCUUGAAGAAAUUGAAAAUCGGGAAGACACGAGAAGGGGACUGGGUGGACCUAGAUAUGUAUGCUGGCCGUGGCAGUGGCUUGGGCUGGACUUUGUAGGUGUCAGUCGCACCGACACACAACAAGAGAGUAGUUCAAAUGAAAUGGAGCUCUCUGAACCUCUUCUAUGAUUCACACCUUUUUUUUUCUUUUCCCUUUUCUUUAUAGUUUUAUUUUGUGUAUUUAUUGUGAUAUUUCAAAAUUAGAACAGUAAAAAAAUGGCUUCUUUUAACUCUCUACCUCUUCAAUGCCCUCUUAUUUGCAGUGGACAUGUAAUUGCUUGUUUUCGCAAAGUAGCUACUUAAGACGCAAGGUAACCUUUCGUAUUCAUGCUUCUUUGGGGGGAGGUUUCUAUAAUUUUCUCACCGUGAUGUAGUUUUCAGUUGAAAAUUUUCUUUUCUUUUCUUUAUGUAUCCCUGCUAACUUACAUUAUUCAUACCAAGGCGACUCAAGUUCAAAUA